AUGGAACAUGGGGAACAGGGGAGGACACCUUCCAACCAGGGGGAACAAAGAGGCAGUGCAUUUAUCAAUGGACUUCGCAACUACAAACUGAGAGAAGUCUUUACAUGGAAAUUUCUCAAAACAAUGGCCAUGGGUCAGGGGCUGUCUGCGUUGAUAUGCGGGACUGCGAUCACCUCACAGUACCUGGCAGAGGACUUUCACGUGAACACACCCAUGCUUCAGAGCUUCAUGAAUUACGCCUUGCUGUGUUUCACAUACACAACAAUGCUGGCCCUCAGAAAAGGUGAUGGAAAUAUUUUGCAGAUUUUAAAGACAAAGUGGUGGAAGUAUUUGUUGUUGGGACUCAUAGAUGUGGAGGCAAAUUACACUGUAGUGAAAGCAUACCAGUUCACAACUCUGACAAGCAUACAGCUGCUGGACUGCUUUGUGAUUCCGGUGUUGAUGGUUCUGUCCUGGUUCUUCCUGAAGACCCGCUACCAUGCAGUGCACUAUGUAGCUGUAUGCAUCUGCCUUCUUGGAGUUGGGGCCAUGGUUGGAGCUGACCUAAUUGCUGGAAGAGACCAAGGCUCCACCAGUAACAUUUUGCUUGGGGAUGGACUGGUGCUCGUCAGCGCUGCCUUAUAUGCCAUGUCAAACGUGUGUCAGGAGCACACUGUGAAGAAUAGGAGCCGCAUGGAGUUCCUUGGCAUGGUGGGGCUCUUUGGGACCCUGAUCAGCAGUAUUCAGCUAGCUAUACUGGAGCACAAAGAUGUUACAAAAAUUGAGUGGAACUGGAAAAUUGGCCUGCUCUUCGCUGCAUACGCCCUCUGCAUGUUUACCCUCUACAGCUUCAUGCCUGUAGUCAUAAAGAUGUCCAGUGCCACAGCGGUCAACCUCUCAUUGCUGACCGCCGAUCUUUUCAGCCUCUUUUGUGGCCUCUUCCUUUUUCACUAUGCUUUCUCAGGUAUGUACAUCGUGUCUUUCGUGGUGAUCACCGUCGGCUUUGUCAUGUUCAAUGCUGUGCCCACGAUCACACUGGCCCCAGCAUCUUCUCAGGGCAACGACAGAGGGCUCAGCAACCAUGCAUCAGAUGCAGAUAACGACAUCAGACAAGACACAGCUGUAGAGUUACACUUUGAGGAGGGGAAGAGGAACGAGGAUUCAAAGGAGGAAGACUCAAAGUGUGAAUCUGUCCCAGGGGCACUGACAAACCAAGUGUCAAAUGAACCAGCACUGAUAGCCGGAUACAGUACAAAGAUGUAG